AUGUUAUUCGCCCGGACAGCCGCGCGAGGCGCCAUGGGCCUUCGGGCAUUCUCAACGGCCCGCGUCUGCCGGGAGGAAUUGUCGUAUCAGGUGUAUGGCCCGGAGACCGACCAAGCCGUGCGCGACCCGAUCCUGUUCCUGCAUGGGCUGUUCGGGUCCAAGCAGAACAACCGGAGUAUCAGCAAAGCUCUGGCGCGGGACCUGAAGUGCCGCAUCUUCACACUGGAUCUGCGCAACCAUGGCCAGUCAUUCCACUCCCCGGAGCAUACUUACAGUGCCAUGGCCGGGGAUGUGCAAGAGUUCAUCCACCAGCAGAAACUGGGCAAAUGCGUGCUAAUUGGCCAUUCCAUGGGUGCAAAAGUCGCGAUGGCGGUGGCUCUUCAGUCACCCGAGCGCGUAUCUGGACUCAUUCCCGUUGACAAUGCACCCGUCAACGCGGUGUUGAAGAGCGACUUCCCUAAAUAUGUCCGGGGAAUGCAGCACGUCGAGCGGGCGAAGGUUUCGAAGCAGUCCGAUGCUAACAAGAUUCUCGAGGAUUAUGAAGAGUCGCUUGGCAUCCGCCAAUUCCUUUUGACCAAUCUCAUCCGCUCGGAAGAUAACACGCUGGAAUUCCGCGUGCCUCUCUCAGUGCUGGGCGAGUCACUUGAAAACAUGGCAGACUUUCCCUUCAGCGAAUCGGACGGCAUCCAGUACAGCGGACCUACGCUUUUUGUCCGUGGGACCAAGUCGAAAUACGUAUCUGACGAUACUAUUCCCGCAAUCAAGAAGUUCUUCCCCAACGCGCAAGUCGCGGACGUCGAGGCGGGGCACUGGCUUAUCUCUGAAAACCCCGAGGCUUUCCGGCAAGCGGUCAUCAAGUUCUUUGGAUCCUCGUGA